AUGGGUAGCAGCGAAGGGCAGACGUACUGCCUGCGGUGGAAUAACCACAAAUCGAAUCUGGUCGAAAUACUGGACGCUCUGAUCAAGAUGGAGUGCUACGUUGACUGCACGAUCUACGUCGACGAUCAGGUGCAGUUCAAGGCGCACCGCGUGGUACUGGCAGCGAAUUCACCCUACUUCCAGACGAUCCUGCAGGACGUCCCGAUGGACCACUGUAGCAUCCUGUUCCCGGGCGUGCAGGAGUUCGAGAUGCGCGCCCUGCUCGAGUACAUGUACACGGGUGAGGUGAACGUGACGCAGGCGCAGAUCCCACGCAUCAUGAAGAUCGCCGAACAGCUGGAGGUUAAGGGUCUGUACGAUAUGGCCGACCUGAAGGGUCGCUUUGACAAAAUGGUCGACGUGGAGCAUCUGAUGCGGGAUCGCGACCCUGCAACGACGCUACUCGCCAGCAACAACAACUACAGCGGCAAGAGUGCAUCAGCAACAGGACCUGCUGGUUCCGCACCAGCGUCUACGUCCACCUCAGGCUCGUGGAAGGACGCACCAGCGACGAGCAGCGGUGGAAGUGGUGGACACUACUCCCAUCAUCCACACCAACAUCAGUCCUCGCCAGUCAUCUCGACCUCGACGAAUAUCUCGAUCGCCCAAAGCAGCAGUGCAUCGCCUCCGUACUCGUACAAAUCGCCCUACUCCAGCCUCUAUUCUCGCAGCCCAGGAGCAGUGGAACGGGAUCGUGAACGAGAAGAACGCAGCCGCGAUCGAUCGUCAUCUUUCUCGCAUACCUCGGCCACGUCUCCAUCGCAUCGCAUCCAGUCCACGUCCGGUUCGUCAGGAUCUUCGGUUUCGGCACAAAUCGCACUGCAAUCACAAGCUGGAAAUCACCAAACGGCACCUCAUCCAUCUGGUAGUUCCUCCACCGCAACUUCGGUAUCCUCGCAACCCUCAACGGCGGCGGCAGCAGCUGCUUUGGCCGCCGGAUGGUCGGGUCUUGGUCAAACGCAACUGCACAGCAUGCUCAGCUCGGCGUACGAUUCCAGCACGGACAUGAACCCACUCAAACGCAAGAAACUUCAGUCAAUGUCGAGUAUGCUCCGUGACACACCGAUCCUGCGUAACGUGCUGGCACAGGCCAACCCGGCUGACUCGUCACAGUCGACGGGCGGUGUUGGAUCCGGGGCAGGAUCUUCGACAUCCGUGGCCACCAUCCAGACGAUCCAGGGCGGCAUGAAGAGCGAUCCCGAGCGUCCUAGCAGUCAUCACUCCAAUGGCAGUGGAUACAAGUCAAUCAAGGAACCAUCGCAUUCGCCGUACGCCGACAAAUCGUUUGAAGAUGAGCUGCUGGAUUCGCCGCACAAUUUUGGCGGUGACGCUCGGUUGGCCUCAUACGUGCCACAUCAACAACAGAAACCAGAGUGGAAGCGCUACAAACAGUACACGCGGACGGACAUCCUCAACGCGAUCGAGUGCGUGCGAAAAGGCAUGAGUGCGCUGCAGGCUUCGCGUAAGUUUGGCGUUCCUUCGCGUACCUUGUAUGAUAAGGUGAAAAAGCUCGGCAUCACUACCGGGCGUCCGAUCAAUCGGGCGUUGAAGCGAUCACCCAGCUCGAGUGGUAGCCCAGCAUCCUUCCCGUACGGGUUGAGUGGAGCGAGUCACAUGUUUGCUACCGGUAGUGGAACCUCAGGUGGUGGUCCACAUGGUAGCGAACAUCAUCAGCAGCUUCCCUCGCAAUCGCAGCAACAGGACGACGAGGCAUCGGCUGCAGCAGCAGCAGCAGCGGCGGCCGCAGCUGCAAUGGCGCACCACGAAGCCGGACGGAUGAUCAAGCUGGAACAUGGAAGCCACCAUGGACUUCCGCCAACGAUCCCACACCCAGCUGCAGCCUUGCUUGAUCCGUCUUUCCUGCAGCAGGCUUUGGAAGCUCGUGGUGGGGACAUCGCUGGACGUGAGGCUCUACAUGCGAUGGCUUUUGCGGCAGCAGCUCACGCCGCCGUGAAUGGUAUGAGUACGUCCCCAGGUACACACGGCACUGCUAGGUCACCUAGUCCGAGUGCGCUGAUGAAGUACAUGCGCUCCGUCUCGAUGAGCUCCCCUGAGGAUGAUCGUCAUCAUCCGAUCCAGCUCCGUGAACGGGAUCGUGAUAUGGCUGAGCGGUCACACGCUGAAGAUCAUCACCAUAAUGGGUCGGAUUCGGUAGCGGCCUAUGGAAGGCGUGAUCACCAUCCGAUGGAGCAGGAUUCGAUCGACGAGACUGGUAGCGAGUGUGGAGGUCGGCCUUCUAGCGUGGGCGGUCCUUCCGAUGGCCAGGAUGAUCACGUGGAGGACCUCUCGAUGGGUCCGAAGCGAGACUCGGAAGAGCGUGGUCCCUCAGUAUCGCCACCUCCAUCGACGGUCGUUCGAGCGGCGCGUCGAUCGCGAUCACCAUCACCGCCGGCAACUGAAACCAGUCCGCGGGUAUUGCCACCUCAGCAGCAGGGAGUGAUCGUACCGGCACCUGGCAAGCUGAAGGAGGACUACAACAUCCCGAUCAAGCGGGAGAUCAUCGCUGACAGCAACGCGCCGUCGGAGUCGUCGUAG